UUUCAUGAUAAGUGGAAAAUAUCUGAGAUAUAUAACCAUCGUACUAAUCCUAUUCAGUGAAUGCAAUCUGACAUGGGGACCUACGAAAGGGCGCAAGCUCGCAUUAGGCCAUGGCCUCCCGUAUACGAUGUUCAUGUUAGAGAGCGCAAUCCAGGGGGAAGAGAAGUUGCUUCGCGGGGAGGUCCUUGCUAUUGUUGUGGCCAUACGAACAAGGUGCGCUGCCUGGCCUGUGUGAGCAUAAGACUUUCCCUGUUCUUGUAUUUUCUUCUAUGGCACCUCUACAUGGCAGAAUCCUGCAGGCUGUCUACGAUGGAAUCACGAUCAAUAUAUGGAAGACGGGAAUAUUUGACUUUAGGACCCCAGAAAGAGAGCAGAACUUUCAGAUAUUUCUGCAACAUCUGACAAAUGAGCCAAUUGGAAAUACCAAAGACCUGCCCGUGGUGGAAUCCUUGGAGCAUCUUUCGCGCCAAAGAUAGUCAAAGUCAGUCGUUGAGCUGGAUCAGCCAGAUAAUAAACGAUUUAUGCCGCUG